GGAGAAGAUCGCAUCGCCAACUGCUCCUCCAGCGACAACCACCGCCGCCAUGGGUAUCGAUCUCGACCGCCACCACGUCAAGGGCACGCACCGCAAGGCGCCCAAGAGCGACAAUGUCUACCUCAAGCUCCUGGUGAAGCUCUACAAGUUCCUGGCCCGCCGCACGGAUGCCUCCUUCAACAAGGUCGUCCUCCGCCGGCUGUUCAUGUCCAAGAUCAACCGCCCCCCGGUCUCCCUGUCCCGCAUCGUCGGCAACAUCAACAAGGAGGGCGAGAAGCGCAUCGUCGUCGUUGUCGGCACUGUCACCGAUGACAACCGCCUGUUGGCCGUCCCCAAGGUCACCGUCGCCGCCCUGCGCUUCACCGCCACGGCCCGCGCUCGCAUCGUCGCCGCCGGCGGCGAGGCCAUCACCCUGGACCAGCUGGCCCUCCGUGCCCCUACCGGCAGCAACACCCUGAUCCUCCGCGGGCCCAAGAACGCCCGCGAGGCCGUCAAGCACUUCGGCAUGGGCCCCCACAAGCACAAGAAACCCCAUGUCGUCUCCAAGGGCCGCAAGUUCGAGCGUGCCCGUGGUCGCAGACGCUCGCGCGGCUUCAAGGUUUAAGGUGGUGGCUUUGGGAGUUGUUACGGGAUGGCCAGGGCUGGACACGGUCACGGCAGCGGCCGGAGGAGCGGUUGAUACCGGUGUUGUGCUUAACAAAUGGUUCUUGCAUGGGACAGGCGUGGCUCGGUAUCUCACGACAAAACACCAAAAUGAAAUUCUUCCAAC